AUGCCGGACGUCGGUAAGUCUUCUAUGGCGAGUCCGGGGACAGAAACGGACCGAUACCAACGAAAACGCCGCCCAAGAGCCGGUGGCAAUGACAAGAAAAUCGCCGACGACGAGUUUAUGGCGGCUGCGAUAGGAGAUGUAGAAUGGCUGAAGCAGAGUCUACGGGACGCUCGGGGACAAAUUAACUUUGACAAAAAUGGUCUGACGUCAUUGCAUCUUGCAGCAAUUCAUGGUCGACUAGAAUGUCUGCGACUACUGAUAGAGAAGUACAAUUUUGACAUCAAUAUGCCCAGUACCACCGGUUGGAGGGCUGCUCACCUGUGUAUCAGCAACCAAACAGGAAAGAGGGCACUGCAGUGCCUUUCAUACCUCCUCAGUAAAAAAGCGGAUCCUUCCGUGGCCAACAAUGAUGGGAUUACACCUGUUCACCAGGCGGCGUCUGAAGGUCACGUGCAAUGCCUUAAGGAACUGAUUGACAUAGGGGCCGCCAUAACGGGGAAAGACUGUAGAGGCCACACACCACUCGACCUGGCUAAACUUUGGGGACAUAAGAAAUGUGCUAGAAUAUUGGCCGCUGAGAGUUGGCAUCAAGGGAAAGACCAUGUAGCAAAGGAGAUGGAUUACCUAAAAAAAUUGAAGAUGCAACAAGUUAUGAAGGAGAUGGAAGAUGAGGAAGAGAAACGUGCAGCCCAGGAGUUCUAUGGAGAGAAGGCGUACCAGGACUGGCUACACAAACAAAAACUUCCUCAACAGAAUACGGGUCCCAGAGGUCGGGAUAGGACCGAAAAACCGACAAAGCCAGCUGGCGAGUCUCUCUACAAGGCAAACAGCAAGGUGAAAAGACCAGAAAAUGCUUCAUCGGGUAAAUCUGCUAAAUCAUCUCUCAAAGGUCAGGGGUCAUCCACGACUACUAACGUGCACGUGGCCUUCCGAACUCAAAGAACUCCAAGUCCCGUAGAACGCCGAGCGACCACCUUUUCACAUUAUGAUGACGACUUUAAUGUACACGAACGAAAGGAAAAUGCGGAGUCGGCAAAACAAAUCCAAGCGAGGUUGCGAACACCACCGUACAUAAAUCCGGAAAAAUGGAAAAUACCACUGAAAGUUCCAAAGAAAGAAUAUAUCCCUAACUUAAAGGACGAUUUCCCACGUGACCAGUUUACGCGAAUGCCAAAAAUGAAGUCGGCUCCAAUGUUUUACACGGGAAAGCACGCGCCAAGUAUAUACGUCACAGAUGAAAACACAAAAAUCCGGAAGUUAAAAUUAAAAGUGCGCGACAUAGACCUUCCCGAUGAUGUAGUCGACAAAGUUUUAAUGGACGAUCCCAGUCUGGUAGAACGACCUGUCCUGUUUAAACCGAUCCACAUGAAUGACGUGACUAAGAAGAAAAAGUACGAAAUCGAGGAGAAAGGACGGAGUGAAGUCAGUUUGCAUAUAUGUGACGAUUUUAAGUCUUUGUUAUUUAAAGGAAGCCUCCAAAGAGCUAAUUCGUUUCAUUGUGAUUCUAGUUCAUCGUCAUCAAAGACCAUCACUCCCGUGUCUGGAGGCCGAAAUUGGUCGAGCGCCAAAGUUCCUCGGGAGAGAGUUGUAAAUGCUUUCUUGAAUAUGAACGAACCGAAACAUUAUCCGAACAUUAAAGGAGAGGAAUAUGACAUUAAUUUCGGAGAGGUCUCGAUUAUAUGA